CCCCCCCCCCCCCCCCCCCCCCCCCCCCCCCUUUAUUACCCUUUGUGUCAUCCUCCACAGCUCCAGGGAAGGCACUCAAAAGUGGGGGGCAGGAAAGAUGCUUUUUGAAGAAAUCAGUUUCUACCUGUGGGAAGUAGAUAUUGAAGGUUACAUGGUUUACAGACAAGAUCUUUAAAAUACAGAUACUCAAGAGAGAAGAAGUACUCCCUUAUAGGGACUCGUAAAGGCACAGAGCAUCUAGAGAUUUACUGCCUCCGUUACGCUGCUGGCUUUCACAGCACUUGUUAUGUUUUUAUCAGUUUCUCUCCAGAAGCUUUGGAGAAGAACAAGAAUUCGAAGACACUUGCAAGAUAAUCUGAAUUCAAAAUUAUUCAAGAUUUUUAGGGUUGCCCCCCACCAAGAUUCUCCACUCUCCCAUCCUAUUUGACCUCAUUUUUAGGAGGCUGGUAUUAAAUGUUAUGCUUUCAACUUAAUUUUCACAGAAACAGUCAUUCUCCUUUUAUGCUUACAUUUCAUUAGUUUACAAAAUAUUUUAUUAAAUUCCUAAAUUAUACCAACAAGUGUUGUUAUUGACUCAGACAGCCUUGGAAACAACACAACUAAUAUUGGAAAGCAUACAACUCAAAUGAGAUUGGAAACCCAAGUGCCUACAGAGGCCAGGCUGGUGGGAAUGAAGCAGGAAGCUACUGCACUGAACUGGAGAGCCAAGUCCUUUCUGAAGGAGCAGCCACUGCUCCAUUCCAGAUAAUUGUUGCCAGGCAGGAAUGUUGACCUAGUGUCAUCACAUUGUCCAGUUUCUCAGGCUACAUUAUUGGAAUUUUGAAGACAUGAAAACAUCAGAUGAACCAACCUGCAACAUCUUGGAUUCAGAUUGGAAGAUGAAGAGAAAGUUUAAAGAAUGUGGCCUCUAAAGGCGGGUAGUACCUGGAAAUAUUAACCGACUCACACUGUAAAAAUGAGACCGGUCUCUAGACAAUAGAGGUUAUUUUAGUCUGACAUCAAGGUUCAAGAUAAAAUGUUGAACUAAAAACUUUACACUCCUCCCCUCCCCCAAUUCAGGCAGGUACCAGCAUUGGUGAAUAUGAUUUUCCUUAGUCAGAAGCACUCAUUUUUACCCAUGUAGACCAUCCUUAGGAAUUAAAUAUUGUUAUUUAAUGUAGAUUAUAAUGGGAAACUGAUUUUUUCCACAAUGGCAGAUUUCAAGGACUUGGUUCCAAACUGAGCCGAAGCUUCCCAAUGCAUUUUGUACAGUCUGGGAAAAACUGUGCUGCAUUGGCCAUUUUUGAAGGCCAUCAUGCCCUGUAAUAUAAGGAUAUCAUCUUAUUGCUGAUAUCUUUGGAGCGUCCCAAGCAGACACAGAAAAUGAAUGGAGGCAAGGACUGUGACGGAGGGGACAAAGAUGGAGGUCUUCCAGCUAUACAGGUUCCUGUGGGUUGGCAACGUCGUGUGGAUCAAAAUGGAGUGCUUUAUGUCAGUCCCAGUGGGUCUUUGUUAUCUUGCUUGGAGCAGGUUAAAACAUACCUGCUUACUGACGGAACAUGCAAGUGUGGCUUGGAAUGUCCUCUUAUUCUUCCCAAGGUGUUUAAUUUUGAUCCUGGAGCUGCUGUGAAACAGAGAACUGCAGAAGAUGUUAAAGCAGAUGAAGAUGUCACAAAGCUAUGCAUACAUAAAAGAAAAAUCAUUGCAGUGGCCACACUUCAUAAAAGCAUGGAAGCCCCACAUCCUUCUCUGGUGCUCACCAGUCCCGGGGGAGGAACAAAUGCAACUCCAGUAGUACCUUCACGAGCAGCAACUCCAAGAUCCAUAAGAAACAAGUCGCAUGAAGGAAUUACAAAUUCUGUAAUGCCUGAAUGUAAAAAUCCUUUCAAGUUAAUGAUUGGAUCAUCAAAUGCCAUGGGAAGGCUAUAUGUACAGGAAUUGCCUGGAAGCCAGCAACAAGAGCUCCACCCUGUCUACCCCCGGCAGAGAUUGGGUAGCAGUGAGCACGGACAGAAAUCUCCAUUCCGUGGCAGCCACGGAGGCUUGCCCAGCCCAGCAUCGUCAGGUUCCCAGAUAUAUGGAGAUGGCUCAAUCUCUCCAAGGACUGACCCACUUGGAAGCCCAGAUGUUUUCACAAGAAGUAAUCCUGGUUUUCAUGGAGCUCCCAAUUCUAGUCCUAUUCAUUUGAAUAGGACUCCUCUUUCUCCACCUUCAGUAAUGCUACAUGGUUCUCCUGUACAGUCAUCUUGUGCAAUGGCUGGAAGGACUAAUAUACCUCUUUCCCCAACCUUGACUACAAAGAGUCCAGUAAUGAAAAAACCAAUGUGUAAUUUUUCAACUAAUAUGGAAAUACCACGAGCAAUGUUCCACCACAAAGCACCCCAAGGCCCACCUCCCCCUCCUCCACCUUCUUGUGCUCUUCAGAAAAAGCCAUUAACAUCCGAGAAAGAUCCACUUGGCAUUCUUGACCCUAUUCCUAGUAAACCGGUGAAUCAGAACCCUGUUAUCAUUAAUCCAACUAGUUUCCAUUCAAAUGUCCACUCUCAGGUACCUGUGAUGAAUGUAAGCAUGCCUCCUGCUGUUGUUCCUUUGCCAAGUAAUCUCCCUUUGCCAACCGUAAAACCUGGUCAUAUGAAUCAUGGGAGUCACAUACAAAGAGUUCAACAUUCAGCUUCAACCUCCCUGUCCCCUUCUCCAGUGACAUCCCCAGUGCACAUGAUGGGGACUGGAAUUGGAAGGAUUGAGGCAUCGCCCCAAAGAUCACGCUCAUCUUCCACAUCAUCAGAUCACGGAAAUUUCAUGAUGCCACCUCUAGGACCCCAGGCCACUUGUAGUGGUAUUAAGGUUCCACCCAGGUCACCAAGGUCAACGAUAGGGUCCCCAAGGCCAUCAAUGCCAUCAAGCCCUUCUACCAAGUCCGAUGGACAUCAUCAGUACAAGGAUAUCCCUAACCCAUUAAUUGCUGGAAUGAGUAAUGUACUAAAUACCCCAAGCAGUGCAGCUUUUCCUACUGCAUCUGCCGGAAGUGGUUCUGUAAAGAGUCAGCCUGGUUUGCUGGGAAUGCCUUUAAAUCAGAUCUUGAACCAGCACAAUGCUGCCUCCUUUCCAGCAAGUAGUUUACUCUCAGCAGCAGCCAAAGCACAGCUAGCAAAUCAAAACAAACUUGCUGGUAACAACUGUAGCAGCAGUAGCAAUUCUGGAGCUGUUGCUGGCAGCGGCAACACUGAAGGACAUAGCACUUUAAACACCAUGUUCCCUCCUACUGCCAACAUGCUGCUCCCGACAGGGGAAGGGCAAAGUGGUCGAGCAGCACUAAGAGAUAAGCUGAUGUCUCAGCAAAAAGACUCGUUGCGGAAAAGAAAACAGCCACCCACCACAGUGUUGAGUUUGCUCAGACAGUCUCAAAUGGAUAGUUCUGCAGUUCCUAAACCUGGACCCGACUUGCUAAGAAAGCAGGGUCAGGGGUCCUUUCCCAUCAGUUCAAUGUCUCAGUUACUACAGUCUAUGAGUUGUCAAAGCUCUCACUUGAGUAGCAAUAGUACCCCGGGUUGUGGGGGCUCAAAUACUGCUUUGCCUUGCUCUGCUAACCAGCUGCAUUUUACAGAUCCCAAUAUGAACUCCAGUGCUCUUCAGAAUUCACUGACACAGAACAUACCUUUGAGAGGGGAAGCCGUGCACUGCCACAAUGCAAACACUAACUUUGUUCACAGUAACAGUCCAGUCCCAAACCACCAUCUUGCAGGUUUAAUAAAUCAGAUUCAGGCUAGUGGGAACUGUGGGAUGCUCAGUCAGUCGGGCAUGGCUUUAGGAAAUUCAUUACAUCCCAAUCCACCUCAGUCAAGAAUUUCAACGUCCUCCACUCCAGUGAUACCAAACAGCAUUGUUAGCAGCUAUAAUCAAACAAGUUCUGAAGCAGGCGGUUCAGGACCAUCAUCCUCCAUAGCCAUAGCUGGCACCAACCACCCUGCCAUCACAAAGACAACAUCUGUUCUUCAAGAUGGUGUCAUAGUUACCACCGCAGCUGGAAACCCACUGCAGAGUCAGCUGCCUAUUGGGAGUGAUUUUCCUUAUGUUGGCCAGGAGCACGCACUUCAUUUUCCAUCCAACAGCACUUCAAACAACCAUCUUCCACACCCCUUGAACCCCAGCCUCCUCAGUUCUCUACCUAUCUCUUUGCCAGUGAAUCAACAGCAUCUCCUAAACCAGAAUCUAUUAAAUAUCCUCCAGCCUUCAGCAGGAGAAGGCAAGUCUGAGAUCAACCUCCACCCUUUAGGUUUUCUCAACCCGAAUGUAAACGCUGCUUUAGCUUUUCUCUCCGGUGACAUGGAUGGGCAGGUAUUGCAGCCUGUUCACUUUCAGCUCUUAGCAGCCCUGCUUCAGAACCAAGCCCAAGCAGCUGCCAUGCUUCCCCUGCCAUCUUUCAAUCUGACCAUCUCAGAUCUUUUGCAACAGCAAAAUACCCCUUUACCCUCAUUAACACAGAUGACAGCCCCACCAGACCAUUUGCCAAGCAAUCAGUCAGAGAACAGCCGAGCUGAGACCCUUUUAACCAGCCCCCUGGGGAACGCUUUACCAAGCUUUACAGGCAGUGACACUACUUUUAACCCCCUGUUCCUCCCAGCUGUCACUGGGGCCUCAGGAUUAAUGGCCUUGAAUCCCCAGCUGUUGGGAGGUGUCCUGAACUCAGCAUCGGCCAACACCGCUAAUCAUCCAGAGGUUUCCAUAGCAACUUCCUCCCAGGCAACCACUACCACAACCACUACAUCAUCAGCAGUGGCAGCACUGACUGUCUCAACACUUGGUGGGACAGCAGUGGUGUCAAUGGCAGAAACAUUGCUGAAUAUAUCUAAUAAUGCUGGGAAUACACCUGGUCCAGCUAAACUCAACAGUAACUCUGUGGUGCCACAGCUACUUAACCCUCUACUGGGGACAGGUCUGCUUGGUGACAUGUCCUCAAUAAACAAUACUUUGAAUAACCAUCAACUGACUCACCUGCAGUCGCUGUUAAACAACAAUCAGAUGUUUCCUCCAAAUCAGCAGGAGCAGCAACUUCUUCAGGGGUACCAGAACCUGCAGGCAUUUCAAGGACAGCCCACAAUUCCUUGCGCGGCUAACAGUAACCCCAUGGCUUGUCUGUUUCAGAAUUUUCAGGUGAGAAUGCAGGAAGAUGCAGCUCUCCUAAACAAAAGAAUAAGCACUCAGCCGGGGCUCACGGCACUUCCUGAGAAUCCAAACACUACACUUCCACCUUUCCAGGAUACACCUUGUGAGUUGCAACCGAGGAUUGAUCCAUCUCAGCAGGUGAAGGAUGGCCUCAUCGUGGGUGGCCAAGGUGAUGCUUCUGUGGACGCCAUUUACAAAGCAGUUGUUGAUGCAGCCAGCAAAGGAAUGCAGGUUGUCAUUACCACUGCAGUCAACAGUACAACUCAGAUCAGCCCCAUUCCAGCUCUGAGUGCCAUGAGUGCCUUCACUGCCUCAAUUGGUGACCCAUUAAGUCUCCCCAGUGCUGUCAGUGCGGUCAUUCAUGGACGAAACAUGGGCAGCGUCGAUCAUGACGGUAGGAUGAGGAAUGCAAGAGGGGCUCGGCUGCCCAGGAAUCUGGACCAUGGGAAAAACUCAAAUGAAGGAGAUGGGUUUGAAUAUUUCAAGUCAGCAAGUUGCCACACAUCCAAAAAACAGUGGGAUGGGGAGCAAAGCCCUGGAGGGGAGCGAAACAGGUGGAAGUGUGAGGAAUUUUUAGAUCAUCCAGGCCAUAUCCACAGUAGUCCUUGUCACGAGAGGUCCAACAAUGUCUCUACACUGCCAUUUCUGCCUGGGGAACAGCACCCAGUACUGUUACCACCAAGAAACUGUCAAGGGGAUAAAAUUCUGGAGGAAAAUUUCAGGUAUAAUAACUACAAAAGAACUAUGAUGAGUUUUAAGGAGAGACUAGAGAACACUGUGGAAAGAUGUGCACACAUUAAUGGGAACAGACCUCGACAGAGUCGAGGCUUUGGAGAGCUGCUGAGCACCACAAGGCAAGACCUGGUCCUAGAGGAGCAGUCUCCAAGCUCCUCAAAUAGUUUGGAAAGUUCUCUAGUCAAAGACUACAUCCAUUACAAUGGAGACUUUAAGGCCAAAAGCAUUAAUGGAUGUGUGCCUAGCCCUUCAGAUGCUAAAAGCAUUAGUAGUGAAGAUGACCUAAGGAAUCCAGAUUCCCCUUCUUCAAAUGAGUUGAUACAUUAUAGGCCAAGGACGUUCAACGUUGGCGACUUGGUCUGGGGCCAAAUCAAAGGACUUACUUCUUGGCCUGGAAAAUUAGUAAGAGAAGACGACGUUCACAAUUCAUGUCAACAAAGCCCCGAGGAAGGGAAGGUGGAGCCCGAGAAGUUGAAGACACUAACAGAAGGUUUAGAAGCCUACAGCCGAGCCCGGAAAAGGAACAGAAAAAGUGGAAAGCUAAAUAACCAUUUAGAAGCUGCUAUUCAUGAGGCCAUGAGUGAACUGGACAAAAUGUCUGGGACUGUUCACCAAAUCCCACAGGGAGACAGACAAAUGAGACCCCCCAAACCCAAGAGAAGGAAGAUCUCCAGAUAACAGGGACUACUCCACCAAUGCGCAGUGUUUAUUAAGGAAUGUGCACAGAUAAAUCUAUCUAUAGAUAGGUAUUGAUAUGGCUACUGUUAUAUCAGUAUUUAUACUAUGGCAGAUCGCUACCACCACCACAGGGUGCUAAAAGAAACAGUGAUACAAUAUUUUUUUGAACAGGAAGGAUAAUGAAGGCUGGAAAACCAAUCAAAAUCCCCGACUGAUGAGAGUAAUAAAUGGUCAAGAGAUUACGGAGAAACUUUUUCUAUAAUACUAAAAUUGUGAUUAUAAGAAAUGUCCAAAUGUUUCUGAAGACUUUUCAAUGUUGUAUAUAGAAAAUACAGAAUUUCAUGGUGAUAUCAGAAGUGUAAAUAUUGUACAAUAUUGUCAUGUACAAGCAUACCUAAUGCACACUUUAUCUUUUAUUGUACAAAGAAAUAGUGUACAAAAUUCUUUGGUUUCUAUGGAGUACACCUACCAGAGACUACCAGUGUAAAGUGAUAAAUAAAAAUACAACCUAAAUGCUUUUCUAUGAUAAUGUAACAGAUGCUGUUUUUGUAUUUAACAGCAGAGAAAAGGCAUGAUGAUGUAUUACCUGAAUGAUGACAUACACUGCACACCACCGAGUGUCCAUUUAUAUUGUCUGUUUGGAAUGAACCUUGCCUGGCAGCGCUGGACUCGAUUUCGGGUGCCUAGGAAAUCAAAACCUUGCAGAUUUCUCAAGGGAUGAGGGCUCACAGGUCUAAAUUAAGAAUUCAGAAACUGCAACCAUUUGUUGCAUAUUUUUUUUACCUAAGUUUUAAAGUAGAAUAGGUUUUAUAAAAAAAAAUCUUAGAUGGAAUAUUUUACUCAGUCAUUUCUGUAGUUAACGUUUGAUAGCCACCUGCUGAUCUAGCUAGCUUAUGCCGCACCACCGUUGACGCUCAGAGUGGAAUUUGUUUGCAGACAAUACCUGAUGAGAUUAAACUCUCUGUUUCCAUACAUGGAGGCAAAAGCCCCACUUCAAAACCAUUAUCAGAGGUAAGGUUGAUUACGAUUCAGUUUUUUUGUAGUGGCAAAAAGAAAUACGAAUCAUCAAAGCAGGUUUCAUAGCCAUUCAUCAGUAUUACUCAAACCAGAAGUGAAGGUGGCUUACAAAAUUAUUAGCAAUGGUAAUUUUUUAUCAGUAUUAUGUAACAUAUCAGAUUUAUUUUAUUUAAAGAAUUAUUUAUACCAUUAACAGAUUCUUAUAUAUAUUAAUGUGGCUGAAAUGUGCAGGUUAAAUCUAUUAACCAAAUUAUUUAUAUUAUAUUAAGAAAAAAAUGUGAAACAAAUGUAGAGAGAAAAUACUACAUUACAAGUAUACAAACCUAAAACUGUGAGCCAUUGUAAAGUACAAGGUUAUUAAUAAGAAAUGUAGCACAACAUAAUUUUCCGUCUUUUUUUCACAAUUUUUGUGGUGGUGGUCUAACCCUAUCUCCCAUGCACUUGAGUGAAGUUUCAGGCCUCCAGGCUGACUUCCACUGAUGGAUUGUCAAAAAGAAGGGAUCCAUUAUCCCUUUAUUCUUAGAAUCACCAGCCCCCACCCC